UGCAACCGGAAAGCGUCUCCGGCUGUGGCAAGUGGUAGUAUGUAGGUGUUCCGUGAUGGUUCGAUCAGAUUGGAGUAGUGGUGUGGCUUGGUUAGUGGGGGACGGACGGAACGGAGCGUAUUCGAUGGGGUAAAAUCGUAAAACUCCAGCUCGAUGAAGUUCGUCGCGUACUGGGCUCUGAUCACGUCGUGCUUCACGUACGUUCGAUGCUUCCGUUGCAGCUACGUCCCGCCAAAGAUAGAAGACGUGCUUAACCCGGUGCAUUUGGAGCCUUCAUCGCAUGUAAGAAAACGGAGUAUUAGCCAGCCCCUCAGAAUUAAAGUAUUCUACGAUAAGAGUGUUUACAGGUUGCCGCCGGAGAAAUUUGACAUAAUAAAUGACACGAUCUUGCCAGAAGCACUUGCUUACUGGGAGAGGACUCUUAUGGUCAGACCAACCCUAGUGCCUAUAAGGUUGAACAGGAAAUGUCCAAACAACCAAGCAUUCUCACCUGACCAAGACCCCUACCUUUACUGCAACGAAUAUUGCGAGAUUGAAACAACCUGUGGAGAGGUAGUCGUUCCUGAAGAGCACUUGGAGCCUUGCAGAGUAUGUGACCGCACAGGACGCUACUGCCAGACGCUUGGGAGUGCUGGUCGAGGUAUACCCGAUGCAGACUUCGUGUUUUACGUGUCAGCCAUGCAGACCGAUCGCUGCUUCAAGGGCCAAACCGUUGCUUAUGCGGCCCAUUGCCAACAGGAAGCGUCAACCGAUAGACCUAUUGCUGGACACGCCAACCUCUGCCCUAACUCAAUCUCCACAAAGCCACAAGAUAUGGACACUCUACUCUCCACGGUCAAGCACGAAAUUCUUCAUGCCUUGGGUUUUUCGGUGAGUCUAUAUGCUUACUUUCGUGACAAAUAUGGCUACCCACUGACACCUCGAGAACGGAAUGGAAAACCAGCGGUGAACAAAGAAUUGCAGACUCACAAGUGGAGUGACCGUGUCAUGAAAAAAGUUGUUAGGCAUGACUGGAAGAUACACGGUGGAUCCAUGAGAAAGGAAUUCUGGAUCAUGGUUACACCUCGUGUUGUGGCAGAAGUUAGGUUCCAUUUCAACUGCUCAGAGCUGAAAGGUGCAGAGAUGGAAGAUCAAGGGGAGGACGGAACAAGGCUGACUCAUUGGGAGAAGCGGUUGUUUGAGAAUGAAGCCAUGACUGGAACUCAUACCCAGAACCCUGUGUAUUCAAGGAUCACGUUGGCUCUCAUGGAGGAUACAGGAUGGUACCUUCCAAACUAUGAGCAAGCACAGCCACUGAAGUGGGGCCACAACCUUGGCUGUGACUUUGCUCUCAAGAGCUGCAAGGAAUGGAUAGACAACCGACGAGAAAGGGGCCAGACCAUCCAUCCCUUUUGUGACAAAGUGAAAAAAGACCCUUUGGAAACGGAGUGCACAGAGAGCCGAGAUUCUGUUGCCUUGUGUAAUCUAGUCGACCACGGUGAAUACUUGCACAAGAAGUUUCAGAAUUUCGAUUAUAUCCCCGGUGUGCCUUCCACUGACCUUGGCAGAUAUGGUGGUUCCGUAAUACUGGCCGAUUAUUGCCCUUACAUUCAGGAGUUCACCUGGAAAUCGAAAAACACUGUUGUACGAGGAUCACAGUGCCAGUUCGAAGAGAACAAUCCUCAGGAUGAGAAGAACUUUGCACUGGAGUACUAUGGGCCUGGCUCCAAGUGCUUCAACCACAACAAAGAGAUGUGGCAGGAACGCACUUGCAGCCAAGUGCGCCAGUGGCAGCAUUGGGGCAGUGGUUGUUAUAGGUACUUGUGCUCUAAUGGGCGACUGCACAUAGAGGUGGCCAACCACACAUACACGUGCUACCACUCCAAGCAAGAGAUCCGGAUCCAGCUGUAUGCCAACGGCUGGCUCCACAUUGGUGCUAUUGUGUGUCCAUCGUGCCGCGAUGUCUGCACAGGAAGCAGCUCGUCCUGGCCGACAUGCUCUCGAGAGCCACAAGCAGGCAAGCGGGUGACACCGACAGCGACGAUGUAGAAGUCCACGCGGACGACACCGAUGGAGGGUGCGCCUUCACCUGCCGAGGUGUUACAAGGAAGGCGACUGCGAACGACGCUGCCGGAUGUCCGUUCCGUUCCAGAAUUUCCGGUCCGAAAGCAUCGCCAGAGCAACGCCUGCAGGAGGACCCUAGCGCCGCUGGGAGCAGGCGACACCGUUCGAGUUAAAAGGGGGUCAUGGUCGACCAAAGCACGAGUCCUCGAGCCAUGCAAUACUCCCAGGUCAUACCAUGUCGUCACAGAGGAAGGAAGGGUCCUCCGCCGCAACCGCCAGCACCUACUUCCGACCGGUGAAAGCUUUCGAAGGCGCACGUGUUCCAGCAGCAGUGAGGACUUCGCCGAACAAACUGCAAAUUGCAGUAGUGGGCCCGCAGCUCUCCAUGCACCCAAUACGGCAGGCAUCGCAACUUCGAGAAGUUCGACAAGACUGCGGCGGCCACCACAGCGGUUGACCUACGACAGAAACUUUGUGCAAGUGUCGUGAUGAGCUUCCCAGUGGCGUGCAAUGAACGAUGUUUCUUCUGUGCACUAUUCAACCCUGUAACUCCCCGUUAGAAAAAUAUUUAACUGUUCUGUUUUUGUUUACUCAUACGAAAGAGGAUGUAUCGGAUGAUAUCGCUACUGCAUGUACAACACGUGGCGAUCAGUCAAGAUAUCUUUGGCUUGCCCUCGCCCGUUCCACCUGUAUAUAAAGCAUGGCACAAUAAACUUACGACAUUCUUCCCGUUA